GGGGACUUCUUAUGGUGUUACUCCUUCCGGGUUUCGGUGUUACUACGUCCGGUUUGGUAUCGUUAUGUUACCCACGUGUGUACUAGAAAUGUGUUGAUAUUUCCUCUCAGUAAACUCCUGUCUUUCUUUUAACGUGUCCGGUUCUUUUCUGUCGACAUGGAUCUCGUCUCUCGGGACUCGUACAUCCAGAAGUUCGCCAGUAAAGUGUUAACUCAACGAGACCAGGAGCCCAAGAAGAGACCGUUUGCUUAUUUCAAGGGUAAAAGUGACGCUGGUCCUCCAAAGAAGAAGAAAAAGUGUAAAAAGAAACAUUUUAAAGAAAAGGAAACCGAUGAGAAGACGCCUACUCCUAAAUCCCAACAGAAGCCUUCACCCUCUGCUGCAGCACAGAAAGGCCCGGCCACAGCAAAACUGAAUGGGUCCAAAACUCCGAGCCCAAGUGCAUCUACAACACCGGCACCUAAAGGAGGAAAAGUAGAGUCCAACUUCUCCACAGUAGAUGUACUACGCAAGAGACUUCAUGAAAAGAUUGAAGAGUCCAGAGGGCAGGGAGCCCCAAAGAAUGCAGCAUCAGAGGCAGUCCAGGCAAAGCGAGCAAAAAGAAAGCUAGAAAGGGAGCGAAAGAAGAGGAAGCGGAAAGAGUUUCGAUUGAAGAAACUGGCCGAAGAAAGUGGCCAAGAACAACAGCCGGAGGUAAAACAGGAAGCGAAACCUGCCCCGGUCGUGAGCAAAAGAAACGAAACCGCCAUCGUCUUCAACAAGGUGGAGAUGGUGGAAGAGGGAUAUGUAGACAAAAUGCAGAAAAAGAAGAACAAGAAGCAGAGUAUGAAGGGCCAGUUAACUCCACUGACGGGGAGGAACUACAAGCAGCUGCUCAGUCGCGUGGAGGCUCGCAAGGCAAAGCUGGAAGAGCUGAGGGGGAAAGACGAGGGCAAGGCCCGCGAGAUGGAGGAGAAGAUGAAGUGGACCAACGUGCUCUAUAAGGCAGAGGGCAUCAAAAUCAAAGACGACGAGAACAUGCUGCGCUCGUCGUUGAACAAGAAGGAGAAGAGGCGCACUCAGAGGAAGACGCAGUGGAACACGCGUAGCGAGAACACCGUAGAGAAGAUGCAGCAUCGUCAGGACAAGAGACGAAAGAACCUCCAGAAACGCAAGCAAGCCAACGCAGAGCACAAGAAGGACAAGGCACGGAAGAGAGGCAGAGUGCUGCCUGAGGACUUGAAAAGAGCAUCAGUUUAGAGGAAGUGACGAGGAAACAUAAGCAAUGUUUUAAUAAGCAAAUCUGUCUCUUUUUUUUAUGGCAGUAUUAUUUACAUGAUAUGAAAAUGCUACUGCUGUUGCAUGUAUUAUACCAUGACUUCUAUCAAGGAGUAAUAUGAUGUGUGUGUUAUGGUCAAUAAAAUGUGAUCCUUCAUUAUGAUGAACAUGAA